AUCCACUGAAGAAAAUAGUUCCACAGCACAUUUGAAUAAGGAGGACUAUAUUUAUCUAUUUUCAUUGAGAACGUUUGUGAGUGCUACAUCGAUUUUACAUUUGUUAAACCGAUGUAGCACUCUCAAAAUUAAUCUUGUGUUUCUCGGAAAACGUAAAAUUGAUAACUGCGGAUGGAUAUGCGGUUUCAAAAUCAAGCGUAUUUUCUUCAGCAGUCCGUUGGCGCGGAGUCUGCAGGUUGGCUGUGCUACGAAAUAAUCUCUAUAUUGAAACGAAGCCUUCGUUUAAUGAGUAAUGGAUACUACGACUGUAAUCGGGAACCAACAGUUUCCUACCGAGAGACGAGAGUCAGGAGUAGGACAAAAAGACGCCCAGUUUGCAGUAAAAUGCAAGAUAACCACCAAGAGAAUGAUAAGCUUUUCACUGUAAAAGAUGGGAUUAUCAGUCCGUUACAACGUAAUGGGAUCAUCUUUGUCAUCUUGCUCUUGUCUGGAUGUAGCUGCAUAUUUUCUGCUCUGCACUUAAGACCUUCAGAGUCAAUAGUUUUAGUAACUCCAGUGGACAUGGAUCAAGAAAAGCUCCCAGAGGGUUUCCACGAAGAUCUGCAGGAGAUGAUGCAGAAACUCGACUACCUUCUACCACCAGCGGAUCUGUUGCCCAACUUUGCUCUGGAGUCUCAAGGUGCCAGACUUGUGGACACGAUGACCUCAGAAGCAUUUGAGAGCAACAGACCAUGUAGAUUCUUUGGGAUGCCUUUACAAGAAGAACCCAUAGGCCCAAACAUUGUCAUUCAGGGAAGAACUCAUCUGAAUCCUGGACAAUGCUGGGCCUUUGCAGGAUUCCCAGGACGUUUAUCCGUCCAACUGUCCCAUAAAGCCACUGUCUCUCAUGUGUCGCUGGGUCAUAUUCCUAAAAUGAUAUCCCCAUCUUCCACAGUCUCCAGUGCUCCGAGGGAAUUCUCUGUCUAUGGAAAGAAGGACAUAAACGAUGAGGAGAGUUUCUUGGGAGCUUUCCAAUAUGAAGAAGAUGGCAGCAGGAUACAAACCUUCAAAAUUCCUGAUUAUAAAAUUGACUCCUUCACCCAUGUGAGCCUACAGGUGAACAGCAACUGGGGCCAUCCAGACUACACAUGCCUCUAUAACUUUAGAGUGCAUGGAGAACGUGCUGCAUGAAGAGGACACCGUCUUUCAUAUAUGUAUUGUAUUUGUUUAAUGUUUAUUUAAUUUAGCAAAAAUA